AUGUCGGAAACGAUGAGCAACUACGAGCUAAAGCGAAAGCUGAAUAUGGAAAAUAACGAAAAGCUCUUGAAAGAGCUAGGUCUGACAGGCUCCAUUUUAUCCAAAGGAAGCAUAGCUGCUGAUAUACCCAACUUAAAGGAGAUACCGAACGAUGGUACUAUCAGAAAGAAGAAAAGGAGAGCGCCUGUGACACCAAAGAGGGCAGCUAUUCAGCAAGCACCUUCACGAUUAUCUAGAAGACUGAGAGGAGAGACACCAGAGACUUUUACAGAUAUAGAGGAUAUUUUGGACGAUAAUGAUAGGGUUAGACAGUUAGAUAUCAUGCAAAAGGAUGCGUUACAAUCAACAACGCAAACAACAAUGGUGUUGGACACAUUGCCAGCGGAUAUUUAUACACCUUUCACGCUGAGAAGUAUAGGAACAACUGUCUGGGAGCUAGGAAAACUUUGUACAGGCAAAGGCAGAUCAAAAGCUUGGAGUAGUCGGGGAUGCAAAUUCAAGCAUCCUUAUCCUAUUGGAUAUCGUGCAACCAAAUCACACUUUGACAAUGACUAUACAAUGGGAAUUUUACCACCCGAAAAAGAAGGAGAAGGACCCAUUUUCCAAGUACAACACAAGUCAAAAAUUUGGAGAGGAGCAACACCUACUGCACCAUGGACAGAGGCAUGCAUACAGAGCAAAUCGAGCAGUACACGCGUUAGUGGCCCACUGGUAAGGUUUAAACUUUAUUUUAAAUAG